UUUGACUUUAGUAUACCAUAUCCACUUAUACCCACUUAUACCCACCUUACUCCUACCAGACAUGUUGUUACUCGAGAAUAUAUAAGAGUCCAGAUAAUCUUGGUAGUGCUUCUACUCCUCUAACUUCAUUCCACUAUUUAGAGCUUCUCGGUCUCUUCUCCUCAUACACAUUAUUCCGCUAUACUAGCACCCCCUUUAAACAUCUAACAUAUUCCACCGUAAACAUGCCUCAGCCAAUCCCCAAGUCGGACAGCUUAAUCGACCUCUUUAGCCUCAAGGGCAAGGUCAUCGUUAUCACUGGUGCCUCCGGCCCUCGAGGAAUGGGCAUUGAAGCCGCUCGUGGCUGCGCUGAGAUGGGAGCUGAACUUGCUAUCACGUACUCCUCGCGCAAGGAGGGAGCUGACAAGAACGUGGAGGAGUUAACCAAGGCCUAUGGAGUCAAAGUCAAGGCUUACCAAUGCGACAUAGCUGAAUUCGCCAACUGCGAGCAGCUCGUCCGCGACGUUGUGAAGGACUUCGGCCAUAUCGACGGCUUUAUCGCCAAUGCCGGUGCUACCGCUGAUGGCGGCGUCAUUGAUGCCUCGAGAGAGGAUUGGGACAAGGUCAUUCAGGUCGACCUGAACGGAACAGCAUACUGCGCCAAGGCCGUCGGUCCUCACUUCAAGAAGCAGGGCCACGGCUCCUUCAUCAUCACCGCCUCUAUGUCCGGCCACAUCGCCAACUUCCCGCAGGAGCAGACCUCCUACAACGUCGCCAAGGCCGGCUGCAUCCACAUGGCCCGAUCCCUGGCUAACGAAUGGCGCGACUUCGCUCGGGUCAACUCCAUCUCGCCCGGAUACAUCGAUACCGGCCUGUCGGACUUCAUUGAGAAGAAGACACAGGAAUUGUGGUACUCCAUGGUUCCCAUGGGCCGUCCUGGCCUGGCGAAAGAGUUGAAGGCGGCCUAUGUGUACUUGAUUAGCGACGCUAGCACGUACACGACCGGCGCUGAUAUUGUUAUCGAUGGUGGAUACACUUGCCGAUAAAUGUGGGAGAGUAUCAUGUUUCUAGAUAGAUUGAUACCUUGAGCAUAGACAUGGCGUCUGGAGUCGAUCAAUCAUAUCAUUUAGUACCUUCUAUAGAAAAUAAUAGGUAUUAAUUUUGUAGGGUUCUU